AUGAAAGGCAUGGAAUUUUUAAGCGAACAAAAAGAGGCAGUGAAUCCAAAGGAAGCGAAGAUUUUCUCUCUGGAGGAAGUGUCAUUUCAUGCUGACCAAAACUCCUGCUGGAUCGUAAUAAAAGAUGGAGUUUACGAUGUGACUGACUUUGUUGGGGAGGUAAGAAAUGUUUAGAAAUUCUACGAAUAGCUGCUACAUCCUGCUGUUACACAAGACGAUUCGCGACAACCAUUUUUAGCCCAACAAUGUUGCGUUAAAAGUUGAUACUGUGGAGCAUAGGUGCACAGACUCGCCCCGGAUUACGGAAUCCGAGAAAGUUUUGCUUCAACUGGGAUCCGGAAUCCAUCACACUUUUGCUGCGAAAUUGAGAAUCCUGGGCUCUGGAGUUCGGAAUACAGCUCAAGGAAUCUGGAAUUCCACUAACGAUUGGAAUUCGAAAUCCAAGUUCCACUUAACAAAUCCGGAAUACGUAAUCCACGGCGUGGAAUUCAGAAUCCAAAACUGUCUUGGAUUCCUUUACAUUGCGCGAAGAGACGAUUUUCUGUACAAUUUUUGCGUUGCUAGUUUUUAAAGUUUUUGAACACGCUUCAAGUAAGUUGAAACACCAAAUCACGAAUUCUGCUCAAGUGUAUCCGAGUAACAUACCCGUCAUCAAUUUUGUGCACAACGCCUUUUUGGAACCUCAUUUGUUUCGUUAAUUGCACUCAAACUGAUCGUCCCGCGUAGAGCGUCUGAUGCCAAAUUAACGUCUUUUUCGUGUGUAUGUUUUGCUCUAAAAAUCGUCGUUGCGGAUCUUUUAAUUUCGUGUAACAUUUACCUUUAGUUUGCAUGGCUGGCAGUGGUUCGUGUGGUUAAUGUCGUGUAACAGCAAUUUUCAUCAUCAGGCUAACAAAAUACAGUUGCACUUGUCUACAGCGGCCACCUUGGGAUAGAUGAAAGUGGCCAUUGUAGAGAGGUGGUCGUUGUACACAGUAACUUUCAUAGAGUUAUAAAAACUCCUCUAGUGGGGUUAAUUCAACUCCUCACAGUUCACAGUGGAGUUAUUUUUGGGGGGAGUUAUUUUAAGUCCAAAAAGGAGUUUAAAGAGCUCUUUUUCAGGAGUAAAAAUCACCCCACAUAUUGAGAAGUUAAAAUAACCCCAAAAAAGGAGUUAUCCUGUACCUAAAAGUUUUACUCCACUUUCAGAGUCAAAGUAACUCCAAAAAGAGUAAAAACAGCCUAUGUAAGGAGUACAAUAACCCCAUUUUCGGAGUUAUUUUAGCUUAUUUUAACUCCAGACUGGGAGUUAAAAGAACUCUUUUUCGGGAGUAAAAAUGACCCCAAAUUUGGAGUUAAAUUAGGAGUUAAAGUAACCCCCAAAAAAGGGUUAUCCUGUACCUAAAAUUUUUACUCCAUUUUUGGAAUUAUAAUAACUCCCUGAAAAUGUCUGUGUAGAGAGGUUGAAACAAGAGUGAAUGUAUAGACUUUCUGCCCAAAAAAAAAAAAAAAGGCCGACAAAAAAAAAAAAAAAAGGCCGUUGUGGAGAGGUGGCCGUUAGUGGAGGUUCGACUGCAUUUGAAUUUUGAAGUGCUUUGAACUCAAGACUUCAGCCUCAUCUUCUAGGAGGGAGGUUGUCAAGCCUUCUAAGGCUUGAAAGUCGUUCUUUUUUUAUUUUUCGGGGCUUUAGCAGUCCCCUGGCUGGUAUCUGGUCCUUCUUCGUAGCACUCUUUCGUUUUAAAAAAAGUGAUGUUGUGAGAAUAGCUCAGCAUUUUAGUAUCUCUAUUUCAGCAUCCUGGUGGCAGAGAGAUCAUGCUAGAACACGCAGGUGAGUAAGUCACUAGUUCUCACACGAAGGAUUGUUUCUCUUUAUAAAAUAACUAAGAUAAUACGCGCGUUCUGACUGGUUACAAACCUAUGGUUUAUUGUGCCAGUAAACUCAUAGAAAACUUAAAGUUAUUUUAUAAAAGCAAUUAACCACACCCCGCGUGGUUUAUCACGCCGGUAAACUCACAGAAAAUGUGGUCUAUUGCUUAAAAAACGUUACAUUGGAAACUUUUACGUUGUAGUUGUGCAGUAACGGCGAUGAAAUGGACAAAAAGGGUCAUGUUCGUGCGGGGUUGUUAUUAAACUUAUUUUUUUGUGGCUUUUUUGCCUUCCCCGUUGCCCUGGCCGUUGUGGUUGCUCGCACGGUACUUAAACUCCCGAACGUCUGCAUUGGAGAACAGAGAGAUGCAGAACAGAGAGAUGCGAUACAUCCGGGAACUUUGCGUCCGAUUUCAUUCUUUCUUAGAAGAAAACCUGAACUACUCCUACCACACGAAGGGGGCCGCCUUCAAGUUAAGUCAAGUUAGUAUAGGUAAUAGCAUAAUUUGUAGUGAUAUUUGACAUAAAUACCACGAGUGAUACUUACCGUUAGGCGAGUGAAAUUUGAGACAAUUUUGAAAUAUCACGAGUGGUAUUUUUGCCAAAUAUCACGUACAAAUCAUACUAUUAUUUGUUUACACUACUACCCGCAAAAGGUUGGUAAUUUUCACAUAUAGGUAUUUCAAAUUAAGCUGAAAUCCCACUGCUCUAAGCCAAUCAAAUUGCAGAAAUUUCUGAUGUAGUAGUAUAAAGUAAGGAAAGCAAAAGUGUCGAGUUGGCAAUUUCUCUGCGGAUCUCUUCAAAGGGUCACUAGGCCUAACUUCAGUUAUUUUCCUUUUUUUUUUCGGGGACGAAUGACCGCAUGGUCGCAGAUUAAACUUGUUCACUUUGCACGUGAUCCAUUUUCUCCUCCUGUUUUAAUUUUAGUGUUCGUUGAGUUAAACCUUAACUAAUUUCUCAGUGGACAUAACUUUUCUCAAGGUUUAGAUGCGACCACGGUGUUCCAAGACAUCGGUCACUCAGCAGAAGCCUUAAAGAUUCUCGCAAAGUACUAUAUUGGCGAGCUGAGAGAGGUGAGACGCUGAAAGAUUUGCGCUUUCCCUUUGUUGUCGUCGAUUCAGGCAUCCAAAUGUACCACCACCGCCCCUUAAAUUAAAGCCUGCAAAAACAGCCUUUCCUCCUCGGUCCUCGUCGUUAAGGACGUUUCCCGCGAAAGGUCCCUAACGACGAAGAGCUAGGAGAGACGGCUUAAUAACCUGACUUACUUUCUUUACAGGAAGACAGAAUCUAUGACCGGAAGCCCAAACAUUAA